UAUGGCCGCGGCCACGAUAGAAAAUAAAACGUCAACUUGGAUAUUAUUAGCGGUAUAAAAGAAAACUUGUGUUAAUUAAAAUUUUAGUUCUUCAGUUUUUUUUUUUUUUUUGUUUUUUUUAGUAAACAAGUAAAAAAAGAAAAAAUGAUAACUCCGUCUCCAGUUAUUCCGCGUGUUUUUUCCGCUAUUCAAAAUGUAAAUACAAAAGAAUUAGCAAUGUGCUCAGAGAAAGAGGUACGACCAAUUUUACCAUGCUUGGUUAGAAUGAGUUUAAUUUCACCACUUGAUAUAACAAAAGAAUGUGUCGAAGCAAGAAAAGAAAUUUUGACAAUUCUUUCAGCAAUUGAAUCAGUCAAUUCAAUAGUUGGUUUACUGUCAAUUGACUUCCAUGGUUUGGAAAUUGAUGUUCGAAAAGAGCAACAAUUAAGGCAAAAAAUAGGAAACAGUCAAUGUGACAGUAUUCUAGCACAAUCACUUCAAAGUGGACUGGCUCUUGAAUUUGAAAGAAGUGAAGCAUCACGACGUAUUCGUCUUGUAUUGAGUGAAAUUCUCUUUAUUUCGUCACAAAUUCGUGAACAACAAAAAAAUGAGGACUUUCAAAUAAAACAAUCCGAUCUAUUUGACAAUGCUGUUUAUAUGGAAGAAAUAAGUUACGUUAUUUGCAUUGCACUCGCUGAAUUACCCGAUCUUCUAUCGAUUCCCGUUAUUUGUGAAACUCUUCUUCACGUGAAACAUGGUCCCGAAAUAAUUUGUUGGGUUGUUGCAAACAGUCCCGAUAGUUUUACCGAAGUUUGUACACAUCUCAUUGUGAAUGGCGAACGACAAGAGGAAUCAAAUCUUGGAAGUAUUCGAACGCAAGCAUUGACAAUGCUCUGUCGAAUGAAUCCCAGUCAAGCACUCGCCGUUCGUGCAAAAUGCGUUGAACUCUGUCGAAUGCCAGCACUUGCAAUCACUCUCAGUCUUGAAAACGAAUCAAUAAGCAAUUCACCAUAUCAAAGUGAUAUGGUUGCAUUUGUCUCUGGUCUAUUGCUCGGCAAUGAUCAACAAGUGAGAAAUUGGAUUGCCAUGUUCAUUAGAAAUGGUCAAAAACGAAAAUGGGAAUCACACACUGCUCUACAAUCAUUACGCGAGGAAUUAUUGAGAAGACUGCAAAAUAUUGUUUCACACAGUUCAGAUUCACAAUUAGCCGAAUCUCAUGUUGUUCAAGCGAGUGCACUUUUACGACUCUAUUGCGCUCUUCGUGGAAUUGGUGGAAUUAAAUUUCAAGACGAUGAAAUUUCAAUGAUCGUUAAACUAUUAACAUCACAUCCACCACCAUCACCAGCUGGUGUACGAUUUGUUUCUCUAGGAUUAUGUAUGUUAAUCGCAUGUCCCUCGCUAAUAAGUCACACAAAUUUAGAGAAAAAAAGCAUCGAAUGGGUCCAAUGGCUAGUACGUGAGGAAGCAUAUUUUGAAAGUGCAAGUGGCGUGUCAGCGAGUUUUGGCGAAAUGCUCCUACUUAUGGCCAUUCAUUUUCACAGUAAUCAAUUAUCGGCAAUAUGUGAAUUAGUUUGCGCAACACUUGGAAUGAAAAUUCCAAUAAGACCAAAUAAUCUCACGCGAAUGAAACAAAUUUUCAUGCAAGAAAUAUUCACCGAGCAAGUUGUUACAGCACAUGCAGUUAAAGUUCCCGUGACUGCAAAUCUUAAUGCCAAUAUUCCUGGCUUUCUUCCCGUUCAUUGUAUUCAUCAAUUACUCAAAUCACGAGCAUUCGCCAAACACAAGGUACCAAUUAAAAAAUGGAUUUAUCGUCAAAUUUGCGACAGUGUACCACCUUUACAUCCAGUUUUACCAGCGCUUGUUGAAGUUUAUGUGAAUUCAAUUUUAGUAAUCAAUAAUAAAGCAUCGGAUCAUACGAAUAAACCAAUUACCGAAGACGAAAUUCGUAAAGUAUUUCAAAAUAGUGUUUUUGGGGCAAAUUUUGAUUCGAAAAAAAGUGUCAUGAGCAUCGUUGAAAUGGAAACUGAUUAUAUGGAUGUUGAUACAUCGAAACCAUCAUUAACGUCACAAUUAUUAUUUUUAUACUAUCUACUGCUAUACGAAGAUGUGAGAUUAUCAAAUAUGCAUCAUUUUAUAUCGCAAGGAAAAAAAGUCAAAUCAUAUUCAACUGAUUUUUUGUCUGAACUACCAAUUAAAUAUCUUUUGCAACAAGUGCAAAGAGAUCAAAUAAGUUACGCUGGACUUUUUUCACCUCUUUUGCGACUAUUAGCAACACAUUUUCCACAUUUAUCAUUGGUGGAUGAUUGGUUGGAUGAUGAUAUGAUUAAUAUAAAUUCAGUAACAUCGAAUCAAGAGAAAUUGACAAUUAAUGAUGCCUCAAUUAUCGAGGCAUUUGGACAUAUAAAGACAUGUCCCUCGAGAACUGGACGAUUAUUGCGACAACUUUUAUCAAUGAAACCUUCCGAUAUUUGGCCCCACGCUUCAAUUAUUAUUCAUUACUUCAAAGCAAUUCUCGAUGAAAAAGUGCCUAGGUAUAUUCAAGAAUUAUAUAAACAAGUGUGGCUGAGAUUAAAUACAGUUUUGCCGAGAUGUUUAUGGGUUUUGUCGAUAAAUGCUCUACUAAUAGAAAAUUCAACAGUGAAAAAUGUUUUUUUGACACAAGAAAAUAUUGUCCUGGAUCCAUUACAAGUUUUAAGAUGUGAUACGAGAGUUUUUCGAUGCGCACCAGUUCUGUCAGUGAUUCUUCGAAUUCUGCAAGCGACUCUGGCAGCAUCGAGAUCACAACUUUCGAGGCAUAUGCAGGACCGACCGCUGACAGAAAAAAUAGGUCAAUUAACAAGUGAAGCUGAACGGGAAGAUUUGAGAACGGCUUUGGUUGCCGGUCAAGAAAGUGCAGCUGUUCAAAUUCUCUUAGAGGCAUGUUUAGAAACAGAAGAAGAUCGAAUUAUUCCAGGGCAAAUGUGGUCUCUACGAGAAAUAAGAAGUGUCAUUUGUUCCUAUUUACAUCAAAUUUUCAUAGCCGAUCCAUCAUUAGCGAAAUUAGUUCAUUUUCAAGGUUAUCCAAGAGAACUUUUACCAAUCACAGUUUCUGGAAUUCCAUCAAUGCAUAUUUGCUUGGAUUGGAUCCCGGAAUUACUUUCGCAACCAGAACCCGAGAAACAAGUAUUUGCUGUUGAUUUAGCUUCGCAUUUGGCUGUUCAAUAUGCACUUCCAAAAGCAUUGAGUGUUUCGCGAUUGGCAAUUAAUACCUUGAUUACUUUAUUGGGAGUUUUACCAGCCAAGGACAGAGUUGUUCUUUUUAUGCCUGUAUUGUCAGCAUUAACUCGCAUUUGUUUGGCAUUCCCGCCAUUAGCCGAGGAUACGACGGGUUUGUUACUUCAAUUGGGACGUGUUAGUUCUGCACAAGCAGCAUUGGGAGAUAAAUCUGCCGAGAUAUUGUGUCAAGAAGUUAAUGCAACAUUCUCAUCUCUAUUGCAGAAGGCGAUAUUGCAAUCGAGAGUAUAUUGAGUAUUGUUUGUAAAUUUUUUUGUAAAUAAAAAUUCAUUGUAUCAAAAAGAAUACAAUAAUCAAGAAUGAAGAAAAUAAAAACCUAAUUUAUUUCUACGUUUAAAUAAAAAUUCAUGUUUGGGGACAGUUUAUAAUUAAAUUUCUUUUUUUUUUUUUUAUCUCACGAGUUUGAAAUUAAAUAAGGAAUUUUGUUAUUUUUAUUAUAAAAGAAAUUAAAUAAUUGUUUCUUUUUAAAAAAAAAUUGUUAUUUUUUUUUAGAAUAUAAUCACGUAAUUUAAGUAUCAACUAGUCUGUUACGAAUUUGAAAAUAAAU